CGCCCGGAAGCCCGAGCUCGCCCGCGUCCUGCCCUUUCCAGGCCUGGGGGAAGGGAGGAAAGUGGGCGAAGGGGGCGGGGGCCGACCUUUUCUCUGCCGGACGUGGUCAUUGGCUUUUUGGUGACCCUCGGCGCAGAACAGAGCGUGGCGAGGAGCGCCGAGGCUCGCAGGGAUCCCACCUCGGUCCCCCAAGCCUGGAUCCCAGCUCGAGGCUUCCUGAGUCGCCGAGGGCGGACCAAGAGUCAGGCUGGGGCCCGAGCUCGCCGGGCGCCGGGUGGAGCUUCCGCCAUCCGCGCGCCUCUGCCCGGGCCGAGCGCCCCGAUCCGCACCCCCAUGCCCGCCCCCCACGCGCUUCCCUGUCCUCCGCCCUCCGCACCUGGAGGGUACCCAGGGCGCAUGUGGGCACGAGGUAGGGGACCGAAACGGAGCCCCUCGGCCUGUUGCCCACGUUCCUGCUUCAGGACCGGCGCGGGGGGCCCAGCGCGCGCGGGGAGCGGAGGGGCGGCGCGUCCGAGCUGAGCGGGAGUCGCCCGCAGGCUGCUGGGUGCUGAGCACCGAAUCCACCGGGCAGGGGCGGCCGCGCACCGAGGGCGCUGGCUGGGUCUGAGGGCGGGAGGAGCUGGCGCUUUCUAAGGACCUCAGAGUGCCCAGCAGAGUGCGGUGGGCAGUGCGAGGCGACCGGGGCCAGGCUUGGACUGAGAUUCUGGGCGCCUCGAAAGAGCUGUGCGGGCGAGGUUCGGAGACUUUGUGGGUUUUCAUGCUCACCCUGGACGGUGGACUUGGGGGCUCGGGAGUGGAGGACUUUAGCAGAGAGAGGGAAGGAGGAGGUGCCAAAUCACCUCAAGCCAACCCUGAGAGAUGGUGACGCGGAGACCGGGUGCACAGAGCAGCCACCCAGCCUGGGCUUCAGAGUUGGCGGCUGACCCUGAGGCCUAUGCUGGAGGCCCUGCUCCCACUUCCUGCGGGGGUGCCCUGGGCUCUGCUGUGCCUGCUUCCUGACCUGCAGUGUGGGGAGAAUCUUCUUGAGGGGCUUCCAAGGGCCCACUUCAAGGAGGGGCUGGUACCAGGCUCUGUGGGGGAAGGGAUGCUGUCCCGUCCAGCUCUUUACGAUCCUGAGCCCAAGGCCCACCAUCACCCAAGGCUGAGUGCCCUGACACAGGAGGGUCCUAGCAGGGCUGGGACUCAGUCAGCCUCUGACCCGUCCAGGUGCCCUGUCCAGCUGACUGCAAGGACAGAGAGGAGUCCUGCCCAGCUCUUGGAUCAGUCUGCUCAGCCGAGGAUCCCAGUGGAGCCAGGGGUGACCCUGGAGCCCAGCCUGCCCCGAGGAGGCCCUGGCUCAGAGCCAUGCCAGGUGUCUGUGAUAGGGCCCCUGACUUCCUCUCCCCGUCUGAAGACCAGGUGCUGAGGCCUGCCUUGGGCAGCUCAGUGGCUCUGAACUGCACGGCUUGGGUAGUCUCUGGGCCCCACUGCUCCCUGCCUUCAGUCCAGUGGCUGAAAGAUGGGCUUUCAUUGGGAAAUGGGGACCACUACAGCCUCCACGAGUACUCCUGGGUCAAGGCCAACUUGUCAGAGGUGCUUGUGUCCAGCGUCCUGGGGGUCAACGUGACCAGCGCUGAGGUCUAUGGGGCUUUCACCUGCUCUAUCCAGAACGUCAGCUCCUCCUCUGUCACUCUUCAGAGAGCUGGUGAUGGUGGUUCCCCAGGUGAAGGGCCCUACAAGCCACGUGACUGCGGUGCUGGCCUCCCUCCUGGUCCUGCUGGCCCUGCUGCUGGCUGCCCUGCUCUACAUCAAGUGCCGUCUCAACGUGCUGCUCUGGUACCAGGACGCGUAUGGGGAGGUGGAGAUGAACGACGGGAAGCUCUACGACGCCUACGUCUCCUACAGCGACUGCCCAGAGGACCGCAAGUUCGUGAACUUCAUCCUGAAGCCGCAGCUGGAGCGGCGUCGGGGCUACAAGCUCUUCCUGGACGACCGCGACCUCCUGCCGCACGCUGGUAUCCCGGGCCCCGCCCACCCGGAGGGCCCGCCCCACUGGGCCCUACCCCAGAGGUCCCGCCCCCACAAUCGGGCCCCGCCCCCAGAGGCCCCGCCCCACUCCCCAUCCCACCCGAAGCCCCGCCCCCACCACCGAGCUCUGCCCCAUUCCCCAUCCCAUCCGGAGCCCCGCCCCCACUGUCGAGCUCCGCCCCAUUCCCCGCCCACCCUGAGCCCCGCCUCCACCACCGAGCUCCGCCCCACCGAUCGGGGCCCCGCGCCGCCGACGCCCGCCCUCCCGCAGAGCCCUCCGCCGACCUCCUGGUGAACCUGAGCCGCUGCCGCCGCCUCAUCGUGGUGCUUUCGGACGCCUUCCUGAGCCGGGCCUGGUGCAGCCACAGCUUCCGGGAGGGCCUGUGCCGGCUGCUGGAGCUCACCCGCAGACCCAUCUUCAUCACCUUCGAGGGCCAGAGGCGCGACCCCGCGCACCCGGCGCUCCGCCUGCUGCGCCAACACCGCCACCUGGUGACCUUGCUGCUCUGGAGGCCCGGCUCCGUGACUCCUUCCUCCGAGUUUUGGAAAGAACUACAGCUGGCGCUGCCGCGUAAGGUGCAUUACAGGCCCGUGGAAGGAGACCCUCAGACGCAGCUCCAGGACGACAAGGACCCCAUGCUGAUUCUUCGAGGCCGAGUCCCGGAGGGCCGGGCCCUGGACUCAGAGGUGGACCCGGACCCUGAGGGAGACCUAGGUGUCCGGGGGCCUGUCUUUGGAGAGCCAUCAGGGCCACCGCACACGAGUGGGGUCUCGCUGGGAGAGGGCCGGAGCAGUGAAGUGGACGUCUCGGACCUUGGCUCGCGAAACUACAGUGCCCGCACAGACUUCUACUGCCUGGUGUCCAAGGAUGAUAUGUAGCUCCCACCCCAGAGUGCAGGAUCAUAGGGACAGCAGGGGCCAGGGCUGGGGGAUCUCUCCUCUGCUCAGCAGGACCACAACCCCUGCCAGCAGCCCUGGGACCCUGGGGAAAAGGCUGUGGCCUCAGGGGUGCCUGCCAGUGCCAGAAAAUAAAGUCCUUUUGGAUUCUG